UUAUCACACCCCCAAACCAAAACCAGAACUCCACUCAGCCACAGAUCGACUUUAUCCACCACUUUUCCAUUUCAAUGGCCGGUUUAAUGGAAACUAUUGCAGUUGCUCGCGCCUCUGCUCUGCCGUCGGUAUCGUUGGCUCCUGUCGCCGGUUCUUCCUUCUCCGGCCGUCGGUCCUCUGUUAGAUUUUCUGAAUUCAAGGGGCUUAAGAUCCAGCAGACUCGUUCAUCAUCAGUGUCCUUCAGCUCAUUUUCUAAAUCUGUUCCGCGUAGAGGAGGAAUUGUUUGUGAGGCUCAGGACACUGCCGUUAUAGUGCCUCCUGUUAAUGAUCAAACAUGGGAGUCACUUGUGAUUGGGUCUGAUGUGCCUGUUCUAGUUGAAUUUUGGGCUCCAUGGUGUGGUCCAUGCCGAAUGAUUCACCCGACAGUUGAUGAACUAGCACAGGAAUUUGCUGGCAAGUUUAAAUUCUACAAGGUGAACACAGAUGAAAGUCCUGCCAUUGCAACCAGAUAUGGGAUCCGAAGUAUCCCAACAGUCAUGAUUUUCAAGGAUGGAGAGAAGAAAGAUACAGUUAUUGGUGCAGUCCCCAAAACUACCUUGACGACUUCCAUAGAAAAGUUCUUGUAAAAUGUUACAUAUGUAGAUAUGUUCUUUGAGAAUUUAACCAUCUUUUAUUUAUAUUAUCACUCUUUGCCUUUGGCGCAGCAAGAAUUGACAUGAUCAAACCUGAGAUGCGCCUGUAUAUAGUUGUGUUAUGCUAUGUUUCCUCUUCGGCAUUA